AUGAUUUUUGAAAGUGAAGACAACAGGAAUGCAAAAAGCAAUAAUCCAUCUAGAAAACAUUCAAUUUCAAUUUUAUCACCUUCAACAUCUUCAAUUGAAUUGACAGGACAUAAUCAAAAUAAUAAUAAUAGUAGCAGUGCUAUUAAUAGAAUGACAAAUCAUUCAAAAUUUGAUAAUUUAUCAUCUGAAUAUAAUCCAAGUCAUAAUAGAUGGUCACCAGAACAUUUUAAUAAUAAUAAUAAUAAUAAAGCAAAUAAUUCAAAUCGGCAUACACCUAAUAAAUAUCUCACAAUCAAUCCAUAUUACAAUAUGGAGGAUUCCAAUGCAUCUUCUUCUAAUGAAACAAAAAUUCAAAUAUUGAAAUCGAUUGAUAAUGAUGGUGUCGGUAGUGGUUUUACUAGUUGUACCAGUGGUAAUAUAGGUCAAAUUGGAGUUAUUUCAACUAAUCUUAGUAAUGAUAAUAAUAAUAAUACUGUUGCUACUUCAAUUACCAAUAAUACUCCCAGUAGUAAUAACAAUUUUGAUAUCGAUUGUUUUCAUUAUCCGUUACGUGAAGCAAUGAAUCAGGAUCUAAUUGAUUUACUACGAUCACAAAUAUCAAAAUUAUUGGAGGAAAAUGAAAAGCUUGUGUCACGAAUUGACGAUUAUCGACAAAAGAUAGCAUUUAUUGAACGCGAAAAACGAGAAGCAGCAGUAGAUCCAUCCAAUGAAAUUUUAACAUUACAAACGGAAUUAGGUGAAGCACGAAUGAGAGAAGCAGAACUGACUAUAUCAUUUGAAGAAUUACAGCACCGUAUUACAGCUAUAGAUCGGCUUAUAGAAACUGAUCCGGAAAUGGAGAACUUUUUUAAUGCUGUUACCAUAUCGCCAACAAGUUUAUCUAUGAAAAAACAAUCUCAGAUACCUAAUUCAAGUCAGAACAGUUCACCUGCAAAAUAUGCCAAUUAUCAAUCGACACAACACAAUUUAUCUGAUAUGGAAGAUCAACGAAUAGUACACGAAAUUCGUUCAUCCCCAUAUUCAACUGAAGAAAACAAUUCUCAAAAGUUAGCUUCACCAUCAAUCAAUAGAUCUUUGUAUAGUCGUGUAUCUAACAGUAAUAAUAAUAAUAGUUACACUAGUCGAAUUUAUUCUCGUCUUCAAAAUGAUCAAUACAAUAAUAAUUUUAACAAUGAUAUUGAUGGUGAAUUUCCUCGAGGUAUUCAACAAUCAGGGUUGGAUUCACCUCAAAGUGAUAGUGGUUGUAGCCUGGCUAGUCAUACAACAUCUGAUGGUAAGGAUGGAAAAGAAGUAACGAAUGCGUUUGGUCGAGUAACAGUUGGUGCAGAGAAUUAUGAUAAUUCUAAUAAUCGUAUAAAUGUUCGACGAUUAACUCAACCUCAUUAUAACUUUCAAAUUGAAGCAAACAAUCGAACAAUGUCUCCUUCUCGUCGAGACAGAAGUCAUGGUGGUGAUGAAGAUGAAGAUUUUGACACAGAGUCAAAAAAUAAUCGUCCAAAAGGAUUUGUUUCAUUAUUACGUAGAAGUCGUAGUAGUGCUGCUGAUCAUGUUAUGAUGAAUGGAUUUCGAAGUGAACUUAACUCUCCUUGUUCUAAUGACACAAUUAAUCAUAAUCGAGCAUCAAUAGAUACUCCAACACCGACAGAAUCAGGUGCUUCGGGAUCAGAACAAUAUGAAAUAUGUGGGAAUGAGAGAAAACCAGGUGAUCGUUUAAGUCGAUUGAGAGCUUCUCUUAGGCAGUCAUUUGGAUGGCCUUCAUCAAAACCAGAUUUUCGAAUGGAAGCCUUUGCAGCUAGGCAAGGUGAAGCUAGAGCUUUGCUAAAACUCAGAGAGACCAGAAUGGAUGUUCUGAGAGUACAAUCCAGAUGUCAAACAUUACAACGUCAUAUUGAUCGUCUGGAAGCUAUCAAUUCAUUUCGUAUGUCUGAACUUGAAGAUGCUGUAGCUAAUGAUCGUGAACUUCGUCAAGAGAUUAGAAAUUUACAAACUCGAAUCUUUCAAAUAGAAGCUGAGCAUCGAGAGUUUAAAGUUAGCCAACGAAUUAAAGAAAUGGAAUUAAUGAGUAAAUUAGCAGAAUCUAAUAUGCGUCUAUCUCAUGCAGAAAUGUCUAAUCAACAAGCGAUUGUCUGGUCCCAAUUGAAUAAAGCACAUGAAGCGGCAGUUGAUUUAUUGACACCAGCACAUUCUCAAACAUCUUUGAUAUCACCUUGUAUGUUAACAAUUGAAUCACCGUCUACUUCACGAUAUACCAUAGCAAAUAAUAGUAAUAAUAGUAAUAAUAAUAAUAAUAACAACUCUGGUUGUAAAGAGGAUGGUAUGGAUACUUGUCGAAACAAGAAUAAUUUUUCAUCAAUUUCACGAUAUGGUGAUUUAAGAAGAGAUGUAAGCGGACGAAAAACAGAUUUAAGCAAAACAACUAUAUUCACAGAGUUUUCCGAUGGACAACACAAUGCAAAUUAUGAAAGUAUAAAUGAUAGACGAUUAAUGAGAUCAGAGUCAAAUUCAUCAACUCAACGAAAUCAUCACCAUCAACAUACAUCUAGUAAUCGACGUGAUAAAUCAAUUGACUCUUUAUCAGAAUUACGUUUAAUGCCAGAAAUUAGCAUUAUAGGGAAAUCUUCAGACGUAAAUCGAUAAUUAUCAUCAUAUCAUUCAAUAACACAUUAAAACAACAAUGACAUUCAUUGUCUUUAUACAUUACAUAUCUGAUAAAUUCACA